GGUAGGCGAGGUGCUUACGUCGGACUCUGAUAGCGAAUCUCCGCUACAAAUCGGUAUUUGGAACCUGGAGCUCGAAUAUUCAACGUCGACUUCAAACCAACUUCACCGCGGUUGAAAACCGUGCACUUUUUUUUGACCAGGCAGUGUAUAUUAGUCCAAACGCAAGGCACAUUUACAAACCGCGGUCAUUUACAAGCGGAACUUCCUAUUGGCAUUGUUUCCACCCGUUCCUACUAAGCGUACUGAACGUAUAAGCGAAACUAGUUUUAGUGGGUUUCUUUAAUCAUUUGAGUUUAUAUAUCUACUGAUCUUUUUUGUCAUUCUUUUAACUUAAUAAUAUAGACUAAAAGUAAACUAAUUUUUUUGUGCCACAUUAUUUUAUUUAAAUUCAGGUAAUAUGUCUAAAGCAGAUGUUUCACUCCGUAUCCUUUGUAUACAUGGCUAUCGGCAAUGCAGUACUUCUUUCCGAGAGAAGACUGGAGCUUUGCGGAAACUUUUUAAAAAGCAAUGUGAAUUCGUUUACAUUGAUGCACCACAUAAAGUUCCCGCUAGUGACGACUCCCAGGUGCAAGAGAAUCCUGCUAGGGUAGGUGAUAAUGAGAGGGGCUGGUGGUUCUCUGAUGACCAGGCUCACAGCUUUGAUGCCAGGCAGGAGUGUGAAAUCGGCCUUGGUUUGAUGCAGAGUCUGGAGGCUGUAAGGAUAGCAGUGAAGGACCUAGGUCCCUUUGAUGGCAUCCUGGGCUUUAGUCAAGGUGCUGCCUUGGUAGCCAUGCUGUGUUCCAUGCAGGAGCAGAAACUAGACCCUACCUUUAACUUUCGUUUUGCCAUUCUGGUUGCUGGUUUUCGAAGUGCCUGUGCCCAGCAUCAGUACUUUUACAAGGGUGUAAAUAUCAUGGUACCCUCACUACAUGUGUAUGGCCAGGAUGAUAAGGUCAUUCCAGAGCAGAUGAGUCGAGACUUGGUGCCCAUUUUUUCAAGACCUCACAUCUUCACUCACCAAGGUGGACAUUUUGUUCCUGCUUCCUCUGCACACAAACACAUCUACCAGGAGUUCAUUAAGAGGUUUCAGUAAAAAAAAAAAAAAAAAAGGACUUGCAUGCAAAAAUACAGCCAACACCUUUAGGCUCAUAAUUUAAUAUGUGAAAACCAUAUACUGUAAAGUAUGUGGUCAAAAGUUUGUUUUAACAAAACCAUCACACCCAUAUAUGUUUUUUGAACAUCCAAUUCCAAUGUCUUCUUUGCUGUUAUAAUAACCUCCACUCUCAUGGAAAGGCUUUCCACUAGAUUUUGGAAUGUGGCUACUGGCACUUUUUCAUUUAGCCUUAAAGAACUUAAAAUCAUGUUUGGGGUGCAAGUGGCAUUUAAUUUUCUACCUAAGAUUUUCAGUAGGGGUGCAGACCUUGAUAAGACCAUGUUUAUGAAACAGCAAUUGUACAGCAAAUACAUCCUAUACAAUUUUGUUUUUCCAACUAUGCAGCAACAGUGUGGGGUAGGCCCACAUAUUAGAUUAAUGGUCAGGUGUCAAACGUUUGGCUAUGUAUUUUAUAGAUCAUAUAUUUUACAAAUUAUGCAUGUUCUUCUAAAUUUACAACUCUGUUUAAAAUGUAACAGAUCUCUAGUCAUCUGAGAUAUACAGCACUUCUCAGAAAACGUUAAAUAAAAUGGCAUUUAAAAUUUUCACUUGUGUUCAGUAAUCUGUCUGGGCAAUUUAUAUGGCACACUUUUUAGUAAUAAUGAGAAUCUUUGUUUUUCUAAAUACUGUAAUUAUAAAAAAUUAUAAAUCUGUUAUUGUCUAUGCUUAAAAUGUUUAUUAUUCUUACUGGCUCUCAUUAGUCUGCAAUUAGUUGAUAAUUCAGUUGCUUUCCAUUUGUUGCCUUUUCAUUUAAAUAAGCAAAUGCUUAUUGUAAUGACUAGAUUAUUACUGCUGUGAUUGUUUUAUAGCUGGCAACAAUUCUUUUUAGUGUAACAAAUGCAGUAAGUGGCUUCUCACUUCUUACACAAUGAUGGCAGAAGAUGUAUGCCAUCAUUGUGGAAUGGAUGUUACUCUGUUUUAGAUCAACUUCAAAAAUGGGCCUAAAUCGAGCUGAAAUUACUGUAAUUGGGUUAAGAGCUAUCCACCACAUUAUUAACCUGAAAGGAUAGUUUGGAACUUUGUGGCAGAAAUGUGGGUAAAAAACAAUCAUAAAUCGAUAGAUGGAUGGAUGGAUGGAUGGAUGGAUGGACACUCACUCACUCUCAUGCUCACUCACUCACUCUAUUGUUCUUUAAGAAAAUUUCAGAUAUCCAGCAGCAAUAGAGACAAUAACACAAAGAGAGGUUGUACAAUGUACACUGCAUAUCUUACAUAUAGUAAAAAAAAAAAAAAACAAUAAGUGAAAUUAGGUUAAUUGCAGUGCAGCCAUUCAUAUGAAAUUUUAUAUGUGACAAAGUGACAGUGUAAAUAGUCCUAAUUGUUCAAAUACCAAAGGAUUCUGCAAAGAGAAACAAGAUAUGCAAGAUAUGCAAUAGUGCAAGUAACUGAGAAGAUCCCGAGUUAUGCGUGUAACACCGUGAUGUAUAUAGCAGAUGAGCCUCAGCCUAGAUCUCCCAGUCCAUAUUACCAUGUUCCUGUAGAGAGGUGUUGAAGAGCUGAAUGGCUCUGGGGACAAAAUGACUGAAUCAGUUGAGCAGCUUUCACUGAACACUCUCCUCAAUUUGCAGAAAAAUAUGUGCAGUGGGUGGUCUGGGUUGGCUAUGAAGGACAGCAUUUUGUUUAGUGUUCUUCUCUCCACCAAUCCAAACCACUGACUUUCCAGAACUUUCCUAAGCUUACCUUUCCAAGGUAUCUGUGUGACCUAACCCUCCUAACAUCCACUCCCUUGAUGGAGACGGGUAACGGGGAGGACCCAGACCGACAAAAGUCAAUAACCAUCUCCUUGGUUUUUGUAAUAUUCAGUUGUAGCUGGUUUAGAUUACACUAUGCCACAAAGUCCUCUGACCAGGCUUCUGCACUUGCCCUCCUCUCCAUCCCUAAUACACCCCACAUUAUGAGUGUCAUCUGAGAA